AUUUACAACUGCGACAAUCUAGAGAGAGAAGGCAGGCGAUAUAGGAGCUGUCCGGUUGGACUUACUAAGGUGUGGAGCGAGAAACAAGUGUGGAAGGACACCAUCUUGGAUUGAAUCCCGGUAACGGAGUAAAUUCUGACAAAAUUGAGUACUUGGAAGAAAAGCCUUUUGUAACCAUAGCAACGAAAUCCACCGACAACAUGCUUUCUGUAAGCCUAAUGAAUGAUAACACCUUGGUAACGGAGACAACUCUGGAAGAAUUGGUUGACAUCCUGGACACACCUCAGUUUCAUAGCAGAAGUGACCAGGAUGGCCUCAAAGAACGCCUUACGUUGGAUCAUCAAGCCAAGUGGCCUAUUUGACACAGGUGACACCGAUCUGUCAGAUCUGAUACUGACGGAAUCGGACAUCUUGAAACUGGCCGUUGACCAAUCAGAACUGUUCCCUGUAUUGAGUGAUGUGAUGAACAGUGAGGAUGGUAUAUUAUCUCCUGGUUUGACCUGUGAGGGCAGUAUUCCAUCCCCAAGAUUUGAUGACAUUAUGGGGGACGUGUUCUUUGAUGAUUUCACGGACUUGAACAGUUUCAUAUCGGGGGAGGAAACUGUUCAAGAAAAUGAGGUGACAGUAACUGAUAGAACAGCCAUUGAAGCUGUUACAUUAAGUAUACCAACUCCUGCUGAGGAAACACCUUCUGUCUCUGGAUUCUCCCCCAGGAAGCGGAAACUCAGCGAUAAUAAUGAUAAGAUCACAGAAGAAUUAGAAAUAGUCGGCAAAAAGAUCAGAACAGAAAACAUCACUAAAUACCGAGAGAGACGAGACAAGAACAACAUUGCAUCAAAGCGAUCUCGUGAAAUUCGUAAGACUAAGGAAUCCAUGAUGGAAAUGAAAGCCAAAGAAUUGGAGGAAAGUAAUCAGAAACUAAACAAACAAAUAGAUGAGAUGACAAAACAAGCUGAGUUUCUGAGGAAAAAGUUGAUUGAGACCUUAGCAAUAAAAGGUCAACCACAAUUUAAAAAAUGAGAUUUUCGCAACGAAAGGUCACAGCUAAUAAUCAAACCCUUUCAUUGUCACAUUUUAUCACAUGUGUGAACUUAUAUAUUAAAGUGAAACAGUCAUCACUCUACGUUGUGUUCGAUAUGGGUCCCACACUACGUAUGCAAUGACGGGUUGACUGAGCUGCUUUACAAAUUGAUGACUUUUUUUAUAAUUAAUAAAUUUUAAUAAUUUUGGAUGUUUGCAAUUAAAAAAAAGCUGACAAUGAAAGGGUCAUUAAAUAUUUUGCCAUUAUUGGCUUGUACCUGUGUAAUGAAUAUUCAUGAGGUAAAUAUGUAACUCUGACACAAAUAAAUGUCAUUAUUGAUACGGUGAA